AUGUUUUCGGAGAAUCCAGCACCCAAGAACAAGUUGUCUAAAAUCCCAGAUAUAUCCAAUCUGCUUGAAAAUGGUCCUAGAGAAUCUAAGAGUUCAUUGAGUUCAUUUUCCGGAGCUCCAGCAAAAAAUAAUAGUUUUGAGAAUGUUCGAGCUAAAGUAAAAGAUCCACGAAAGAGUUUUACUAUAAUUUCGAAUUUCGUGCGUCGAGAAAAUAUCGACCCCAACAUCACCACCAAAGAGCUGGUCUCCACGGAUCCCACACAACAAAUCGAUGAGAACAUCAAUCUCUUAACGCAAAUAGAAACAACUAAAAAUAUUCUUUGCUGCAAAUAUACUGAAGAUUACAACUUUAUUUCGGCCGGUUUUCCUGAUGGCAUGGUACGUUUAUUCGCAAAGAACACUGGUCAACUCGCGAUGGUCUUGUACGAUGAAGAGUCUUUGGCAAAUGCUGCCACUGUCACGUGUAUCAAACAUAGGCCCGUCUCGAAAAAUUAUCCGUCAACAAAUACACUCUUGUGUUCAUAUACUAAUGGUUGUGUAAAAUGCUGGGAUUUUGUCUCUAGUCGAUGUAUAUAUACUAUCAGAGAAAGGCGCCAGACUUUAUCCUUGUCCUACCAUCUCCGACUGCCAAAAUUUGUCACAUGCGGCGACGACGCCAAAAUAUUCCUUUAUGAUGAGGAAACAAAAAUGCAAGAAAGAGUUUUUAUAGCAAGUGACGAUCAGAAUAUAUGCGAUGGGCAUACUUCCCGCGUUUUCGCUGCCUGCUUCAAUCCGCGAUCGCAAUUCGAGAUAGUUACAGGAGGAUGGGACAACACGGUACAGUUCUGGGACAUGCGGGCGCCGCACGCCACCAGGCACAUAGCCGGAGUUCACAUUUGCGCGGAAGGAAUCGACAUCAGCCCCAACGGGAGAACGUUACUAACAGCGGCGUGGCAGAAAGCAAAUCCUUUUCAGGUUUGGGACUACAACAACUUGAAGUUGAUACAAAAUGUAAAACCGGAUCCAUAUAAUGCAAUGUUAUACUGUGGAAGAUGGCUUGACAAUAAUUAUGCAGUAUGCGGUGGGUGCGAGCCUAAUAUCAUCCGACUCGUUGAUAUGAGAACUUAUAUGAACGUGGGUGCAGUAAAAAACCUACCAGGCGGCGUGUACAGCCUCGACAUCGGAAUACGAAGAAAGAACAAAAAAACUCGUGGGCAAAAGGCUGAUGUUUCCUCAUUGCCAAUGUUGGCUUAUGUCAGCGGAAAAAGAAUAGCCCAAAUUGAUUACUGCUAG